CCACAAUACUGAUUGCUGGGAGGAGUACCAAAAGGGAUCUAGCCAGUAGAAACAUAUGGACCAUUAAAUCUUCUAAAAAUGAAGUGGUUCACACCUUACUACUGGAAUCUGCAACGUUGCAAGGAAGAGAGAAGACUUCAAGUUUGGACUGCCUUGGAGAUCAUACUCAGAGCAGCUUCAAAGAGCAGUUUGGUUUAUCUGACCUGAAGAAGAAGCAUAUGUGCAACAAACCAAGAGGAUAUGGGCUUUCAGUGCACCUGGAAAAAUGACCAGGUUCUGUGGCAGACCAAUAGAUGGUUUUUUGAAGCUGGUUGUAAGAGAGAAAGACAUUUAAUCCCACUCAGACCUUUGUUUGAACACCCUCCAGUUUUCUGCUGUUACCUGACAUCAGAAGAGAGGGCAAGGUUAAUGAACUGCAUUCCAGAUACCUGCCUAGCCCAGAAAAUGUGUUUGAUGUGGAAAACUAUCAUGGAGCAAUCUGGAGCUAUCAAUUUUGACUCAAAGGCUGUCUCAACAUCAUGGAAAAAUGAAUUUUUUGUGAGGGUGUUGGGGCCACUUGUUGCAUCUGAAUUGCAUGCUGUUAUUUCUCUAAGCACCGACUUGGACUAUCUGCUUCAUGCACACUCACGGCACCAUGGCCAAUCCUCAGGAGCACCUGAGCUGGUCUUCCUCUCCAAGCAUGAUCAACAAACCUUUCAGUGAAGACAAAGACUUUGGUGGGACACAUGGUGAACAUGUGCCUGCUGGAAACCAUUCUUCACCUGAGAUCCUAGAUGAUGUGCGAGAAAAGGGCUUGCUUCCAGCAGAUAUAAUAGAAAAUAUGAGCAGUCCUGUCACGGCAGCAGUGUUGACCAGCAUCAGUGAAGACUCCAAGGACCAAUUUGAGAACAGCGUGCUGCAGCUGAGAGAACAGGAUGAAUCUGAAACCACUGUUCCUCAGGGCAACAGUAAUAAUAUGGAUGGAGAAAGCAACGGUGGGAUGGAUGACAUCAAAGUCCAGUUCAACAGAUCAGGCAGUGGGAGUGGUGGGUUUCUUGAGGGACUUUUUGGGUGUUUGAGACCUGUGUGGAACAUCAUAGGGAAAGCGUACUCCACUGACUACAAACUACAGCAGCAAGAUACGUGGGAAGUCCCGUUUGAGGAGAUCUCGGAGUUGCAGUGGUUGGGCAGCGGAGCACAGGGAGCCGUCUUUUUGGGCAAAUUCCGGGCAGAGGAGGUGGCUAUCAAGAAGGUGAGAGACCAGAAUGAGACUGACAUCAAGCACUUGCGGAAGCUGAAGCACCCUAACAUCAUCGCCUUCAAGGGAGUUUGCACUCAAGCCCCAUGUUACUGCAUCAUCAUGGAGUACUGUGCACAUGGGCAACUAUAUGAAGUGCUGCGAGCGGGUCGGAAAGUCACGCCUCGGCUGCUGGUGGACUGGUCCACAGGGAUUGCCAGUGGAAUGAAUUAUUUACACCUCCAUAAAAUCAUCCACCGAGACCUCAAGUCACCAAAUGUAUUAGUCACUCACACAGAUGCAGUAAAAAUUUCAGAUUUUGGCACAUCUAAAGAACUCUGUGAUAAAAGUACAAAAAUGUCCUUUGCGGGAACCGUGGCUUGGAUGGCCCCAGAGGUGAUACGCAAUGAGCCUGUCUCUGAAAAAGUGGAUAUCUGGUCGUUUGGCGUGGUUUUGUGGGAGCUGCUUACAGGAGAGAUUCCCUACAAGGAUGUGGACUCCUCAGCCAUCAUCUGGGGUGUGGGCAGUAACAGCCUGCACCUUCCUGUCCCUUCCACCUGUCCAGAUGGGUUCAAAAUCCUCAUGAAGCAGACAUGGCAAAGCAAGCCCCGGAACCGCCCUUCCUUCCGACAGACACUGAUGCACCUGGACAUUGCCUCUGCUGAUGUGCUGGGCACCCCUCAGGAGACCUACUUCAAAUCCCAGGCUGAAUGGAGAGAAGAAGUAAAGAAACACUUUGAGAAAAUUAAAAGUGAAGGAACUUGCAUACACCGGCUAGAUGAAGAGUUGAUUCGGCGCCGAAGAGAAGAGCUUAGACAUGCAUUAGAUAUCCGUGAACACUAUGAAAGAAAGCUAGAGCGAGCCAAUAAUUUGUACAUGGAACUCAGUGCCAUCAUGCUACAACUGGAGGUCCGUGAGAAGGAGCUCAUCAAGCGGGAACAAGCUGUGGAAAAGAAAUAUCCUGGCACUUACAAGCGCCACCCAGUCAGACCAAUAAUCCACCCCAAUACAGUGGAAAAGCUGAUGAAGAGAAAAGGGGUUUCCCAUAAGCCAGGGGGUCAGACCAAGAGGCCAGACCUGCUGAAGUCAGAGGGCAUCCCCAGUGUGGAGGCAGCACCCAACAGCUCGCCUGUCUCAGGAAGUCCCAAAAUGGCAACCCUCGGUGGCAAAGGCCGGUAUCGCAGCAAGCCACGUCACCGCCGGGGGAACAGCAAAGGCAGCUAUAACGAUUUUGCAGGGAUCUUGAAAAACCAGCCAGGGCCAGACGACGCACCCCACCCACCUCCUCACCAGAGCCAUCCUCCUCCUCCUCCUCCUCCUCACAGCCUACAGCACCAGCAACAGCACCAUGGCCACCCCCAUCCCCAGGGCCACCAUGCGCGGCUCAACACCCAUGGACAGGACAUUGCAAACUGUGCAAACAACCUGAGGUACUUUGGCCCAGCAGCAGCUCUGCGGAGCCCCCUCAGCAACCAUGCCCAAAGACGGAUGUCGGGCUCCAGCCCCGAUCUCAUCUCAACCGCUAUGGAAGCAGACUGCCGGAGGCACUUAGAGAAUGGGGAGAACAAGGCUGGUCACUGGGAGUGCUGUACAACAGAUCCAUACAGCGCCUGUCCACAGUGCCGGCAAGGGAACAGCGGUCAGGAACAGGUGCCAUCCAUGGGGCAAGGGACGAGCUGGCCUGAAUCCACCACAUGUGGGUCCUUUUACGGAAAUGCCCACUUCUUUGAGAAGACGGAGGUGGAAGGAUUCAGCAAAUGCAAGUCUGCAUCCUCUCUAGGCACUCCCCAACAGGUGACCCCAUCUGGGCUGCCUUGCAAAACAAGACCCCUUCAAAAGAGUGGCGAGGAGUCUUCAGAAGAGGAAGAAGGAGAAGUGGACAGUGAAGUGGAGUUCCCUCGGAGGCAGAGGCCUCACCGCUGCAUUAGUAGCUGCCAGUCCUACUCCACCUUCAGCUCUGAGAACUUCUCUGUGUCUGAUGGAGAGGAGGGAAACACAAGCGACCACUCGAACAGCCCAGAUGAGCUGGCCACCAGGCUGGAGGAUCAGCUAGCUGAGAAGCUGGAGGAUAUGUUAUCCCAGACCCCAGAGAUCCCCAUUGACAUCUCUACCCAGUCUGAUGGGCUCUCAGACAAGGAAUGCGCUGUGCGGAGGGUGAAGACACAGAUGUCACUGGGCAAGCUCUGUGCAGGGGAACACAGCUAUGAGAACCCAGCACAGUUUGGAGAAUCGGAUUGUGACUCUUCUGAUGGGGAGUGUUCUGAUGCAACUGUCAGGACCAAUAAGCCCUGCAGCUCUGCUACUUGGUAAUGAUGAAUUGUUCCCCAGCCCCUCCUGGUAUUGGCAGGACUUCACGUCAUCCCCCCCUUAAUCAUACUUUACAGGAAGAGAAGAUGCUUCUCCUUUCCACCCCAGAAAUGAUCUGCAAUAACUUGAAUCUCUGGAAAAUGUCCAAAUGAAAUUAGUUCUCACCAAGCAUUUCAAUCAAGAAUGGCAGGGAUGUAUUUUAUUGAAUAAUCUAGCUACUGUAACAUUGAUAUUUAUUUUUUUGACAUUUUAACACUUUUUACUGUAAAGAGUGGACUGUAUCUAUAUAAAGACAGAACAGUUGUUGCAAAAAAAAGUUCAGAAAGCAAGCACAUCAGAGAGAAACCUCCUUGGAAGUCUUACCUAGACAGCACGCAUUGGCACAAUAGAACUCUAUUGCUGCUUUCACGGGACCAGGCCUUAGGGCCCUACAGAUUUGAUAGAUAAAGAGAAACGAAUCAAUCAGUCUAAUCAACUGGAGACACGAAGAGAGACCUUGCUGCAAGGUAACCUAUGAACAAACAGCAUUCAGUAUAACCAGCUGGGUCACUUUUAAUCAGAAGGUGGACGUGUUCCUGGAGAAAUUUGGUACCACGGUGCUUAUAUUCAUCCAGGGUCUUCUGAGUCAGUACAUUCCCCCUGGGAUGCAAGUGUGGGGGUUAAUUUAUGGGGGGUUUUGUUGUUGUUUGUUUUUUAAUCAGUGUUUUGUUGUGAGAUCCUGCAGACCUACUCCAACCUCAGCCUCCCUUGAGACUUGGGUGUAACAGCACUUCUUAACCCUGUUGUCCUCUUUCCUCUGGCAGCACUGAUUUCCAGGGGAGCAGAGAAAGCUCUCUCAGACCCUGAGUGCCCGUGUUUCAGUUUACUUCUCUUUGCCUCCAGGCUUCCUGGCUCACUUUUUUCAAUUUAAGAAAUUCAUCAGAUCAGUGUUGAAAAAAACAAGAACUUGCAAACCAAGGAAGGCGCAUUCUGCAUUAGUCCGGGGAGGAAACCAGGGGAACCCUCCAAGGCAACCUCCUACUGACUGCAACACCAUGUGCCCAGCCAACACCAAGGGAGGGAGCUGUGUAUGCAUGGCUGAGCCAGGGAGGGAGCUGUGUAAAACAGAAAGCAAGACCUGGAAUCAGUUCAUUGUCAGAGGAUGGGGGGUUUGUCUUGGUCUUGAGGGAGUGCUAUGGGGUGGGGCAGGCAAAGCAUCUCAAUCACCUGUCCAGCUUCCAGUCUGGAGGAGGAACUGUCCCAUAGUGGCUGGAAGACUGAGGCAUUGGCAGACCAGAACCCCGUAUGUUCCUAAGGAACUCCUUGUGCCUUCCCUUUGCAAACAGACCGCUUUUUAACCGAUGUUGCAACAGAACAAAGAUGCAAGGCCUGUUUCCCCCGCCUUUAGUAACAUCUCUCCUAGAAGACCUCCGCUCCACCUUCAGAACCCCCCGGCAAGGGACCUCCCCUUCCAGGCUAGGAUGGCGAGAGCAGCCAGCAUCCUACCCCCACGGUUUCCUGUUGUGCAGUGCGCGAGCCUGAGGUGACCAGCCGGAGCUGACUGUAGGCAGGUUCUUCUGUUGCUGUUUACAUUUUCUGUUGAGCUGUUGAUUUGAGCUCUGCUUUGAUUAAUUUAUAGCCUAGUGGCAAAAUGAAGGCACCGUUUGUCUGUCGACAGAGAGCAGUAUUCUAUGCGUGAAAAUGAUCCCGUAUUUUUUAAAUUUUUGUAGCUGGACUACACACAGAUCUUAAGUUAUGACUUUAUUUUGUUAUUUAUUAUUGUUUCUGUAGAUCAGAAGAUUGGCUUUACUACUAGCACAGCUGUUUUCUCUCCGUGUGACGGAGCCACACAAGAGUGAGAGCAGAGCUGGUUCUGGGGGCUGUCAGUAGUCACCUUAUGCUGUGACCUCCAACAGCGGCUCCCAGAGCACAGUCAUUCUGGGGGCUGAGCACCAGUCAGGAAGCGCCCAACUUCACGGGCCUUAAAAGACAUUUCCUGUUGUCAACACUAAAUUUCCUUGCUCAUGAGUGACCAGUGGAAGGGGCAGGGAGGAGGGAGUUAACAAGAAGCCAGUUAACAGGCAGAGGAGCCCAGAGUCCUAAAGGGAGUGGCUUCCCAGGGGCCAGGAGCGAGCAGGGUACUCAGUGCCAAGAGCAGACAGAGCCAGGCAUGGCUUUGCAGUUGAGGUCCCCAGGGCCAAGCAGCCACGGAAAAGAGAAGCAAGAGCCACAAGUCAUCCCUUGAAGUCUGAAGACAGUAAGUUGGAGUGACCUCUCCCCACCCCCAAGAAGAGAGGUAGCGAGUCUGGUGGGCCAGGGAGAGAGAGCACUUGUCCAUGACAAGGCACAUGAUAGGAGUUCUUGGACUCAACAGUAGUGCCCACCAAGAUAUGCGGAGAAGCACAUGAGUUGAGCUAGCCCUCCCUGCUUUCCCCUGGACACCAAGCCAGACUUCUUGUCUUUCCCUUCCGCUGCCAUGGUUCACUUCAGUGGCCUGGAGGCAGAGCCAAAUUCUCACAAGUCUUCCCCUCUCCCUCCUUGCAGCAGUCUGCUCCCUCUUCAUAGCCAGAGGCAUUACCCUGGUACCUGCCUAGUAUCCCUUCAGGACUCCUGUGAGCAGGAUGUACAGAGCACUGCUUGUGACAGCCCAGGAAACUCCUCUAACCUGCUCGGAGCAUGUGUAGGACUGCAGCAGCUCAGGUGAGGUGAGGGCUGAUGUGGGCAGCCCUGCUGUGCACCUAGGACUGUUACCAUCCUAACAGGCUCUGUGUGAGCAGGGCUGGAACCAGACCUUCAACCUGUGGCACAUGCACUUUCUCCCAGCCAGGCUAAUCUAGUAUCCUCUGCACAUGAUGAGCUACAAGAGGCAGGCUUCACUGCACUGAAGUCCCUGGCCCCAUCCCACGUGCCGUUUCUUUUGGCAGGGGCUCUUCCAAACAUUCCAGGCUGCUCCAGAAACCCAGCCCAAGAAAUGGUCUUCCUCUCACCUGGGCUUAUGCCAAGCCAUGAGCAGUUGUGGAUGGGAAUGAGUUUAAGGGCCCUGCCACACAUUCAAAUUCAAGCUAGAUAGAAACCAGCUAUAGAGUUGUUAUGUGUUUUCAGGUACUAACUUUGUAGCUGGACAGCCAUUUUUAAGGUAUGAUAAUGACUUGGCAUAUGUGGAUGGUCUAAAUUUAUUGUGUGAUUCACUAGUUAAUUGUGUAAUGUGUAACAUGUAGCAGGGGCCUGAGAUUCAUGAUAUUAUUGGGUGGAUUUCAGGAGCUACAUCCUCUUGCAGUGGGGAUUGCCUUGGCUCUCCAACAGUGCUUGCUUGUACCCCAGCACAUCGGGUGAGCACAAGCAAGCUGUUAGCUAGUUUUAAAGAUUUACAUCCUGCAUGAUUGAUAGCUUUCUCUUGCUCCAGGCCCUAUGCACUUGGACUUACUAGUAGCUAAAUCAGCCUGAACAACAGCCCCUGCCCAUUAGAGGAAGAGAAGACUGAGAAACAGCUGGUUGGGUGCAGCAGGCGAGGUGUGCUCACUAGCAGAGCCAGGCUGCCUUCAGCUGUGCCAUGCAGGCGUAGCAGUGCUGGCAUGACAGAUCAUAUUCCCUCGUCACUGUUGAUUGCAUGGUGCCUCUGUUGGUGUCCGGCGUCAUGGUGCUGCUUCCAUGCUGUUGGGAUUCUUUCCUGGUGAGCGGCACAAGGGCAUGCAGCUGUAUGGUACAAGUCAUAGUGCUGCAGCCAUUCCUGCUGCUUGGGAAAGCCAGAUCCUGCAGUUGGGCACUCUGGCCUCAGAAGCAAAAUGAAUCCAGCGCCUGUAGUGGUGCAGAAGCCAUGCUAGGGAGGGACAGACCAAGCUCUUGUCUGUGUUGACCUCAUGGCAAUAGGUGUAUGCAGAGUGCAAGGGAAGAGUGUCCUCUUGCAAAGAGCAGACUUAACUGAGAGGCUACAGCCCUCCCAGAGGAAAUCCUUGCCAUUUCAUAGAUGACAAAUAGGGGCUGAGUUCUGCUGCCAGGGCCAGGGAAGUGUUUGCAAACUCAUGGGCUUCAAACUGAGGUAUGCAGGGGUGUCUGAAAGCUGAUAUCAGCAUGGCCUGUCACAAGAGCAGUGUUUGGGUGAGGGCACUGCCAAAACCUGGCAGUCUCUGAGCUGAAUGGGGCUGAUCUGGUAGGCACAGGCCCCUGAAGAGCAUUCAGGAAGGCAGCAGCAGGCUGGUCACUGUCCCACACACGAUUUAUUUUUUCUCUUCCUACUACAUAAAACCUCAUUCCCUGGGGAAAAGGCAAGUGGCAGAAAUCCCUGCCUGCGUCCCAAGCUGCCCUGAUCUGACCUGACUCGCAUGGCUGCUGACAGCUCCUCAACACCAGCCUGGCUUCACUCUCAGAGGAUGAAUGUUGUUCUCCUCACCGUCAGUGUUAAAAGUGACCAUUUCAUCUCAGUAGCUCUCAUUUCUCUCUCUCUCUCCUCCCUGCUCUGUGGCUUCCUGAAACAAACUUGAUUUUUUUGUAUUGAACCGUGUACAGUGAUGGGAACAAGAAUGACUAUCAAAGCAAACAAUGCAUGGAAUAAAAAGCCAGUGUACUUCCACUG